ACGUUCAAAUACAUAAUUCUCCAAGUGAACAAAGACUAUGAUAGCGAAGAACCGCCAAAUCUUCCAGAAACAUUUGAGGGCUUCAGCGAAAUUCCUAGACCAUCCAAUAGUGAAACCGAUAAGCAGGAGUCCCUAACAAUAGACACGUUGAGGGAUUUAGUCAUGCACAUGCUGGAUACUGCAAUGACUUUGCGGCUUUUUAUUGAAGUAUAUUCUAAGGCUGUGGAGAUUUAUAGGAAAACCAAUUUUGUUACUAGCAUAGUACAACUAUACGAAUACGGUAUCCCACCAUUGUAUGAGAAACUACAAGAACUGAAUGAUAGUAGUCCUGAGUGCGCUGAAAUUGAAGUUUUCAUAGACUCCGCGCGAGCUGAACUAAUUGACAUAUUCAGAGAGAUACUGGCGGUUUACAAGAACAACAUUUUCAAUGGAGAAGGCAACAUAUCGCAGCACGUAGAGUCUUACCUCACCAUACUACUGGAGGGUUUUACGGAACGUUUGCUCGUACGAGAUUACAACGUAUGUUAUCCACUCCAUGAAGAUAUAGAAAUGUUAAAACAGGCUUACCCAGAAAUAGACGUUGUCAAAACCAGCUUUAUUCUCCGAGCAAUAAACACGAAUCUUAGCGAUUCAUCAUCAGAAACAUCAGACGACGUACCUAAUGGUCCUGUAGACAUCACAGAACAGAAACGUGAAACCCCAGGGACUUAUAACAAUACCCCAGGACCUUCUGCGAAUACCCAAGACGCCCAAAUACCACAUCAAGUGAGGGAACAGUCACUAAUAAGCGAAGUGAGAGAUAUAUUACCGGAGUUAGGAGAUGGUUUUAUAUUGAAAUGCUUGCAGUAUUACGAUUUUAAAGUUGAUAAAGUUAUAAACAGUUAUUUGGAAGACAAUUUAGCUGAACCUUUGAGAGAGUUAGACAAAUCGCUGCCAAUAAUCCCAGAGGAUCCGCUAGACGUCAAGUUCCUCGAAACGGGCGUUGAGAGGUUAAACGUCUUCGACGGCGACGCCUUUGACAUAAUGUCACGUGAUGACAUUGACACUAGUAAAGUCCAUAUCGGGAAGAAAAAGUCGAAGUAUAAGGACGCAAAGGACUUGUUGGACGACAAGAGCGAGUUGCAGAAAAUUAGGGAGCGAUAUAACAAAUACAAUCUUAUUUGCGCCGAAGAGGAUGCGUUAUACGACGACGAAUACGACGACACAUACGACUCGGACGGCAUGGGACCUACGACGGACACCAUCGACGAGCUGGAAGACCGGCCGUUCCAAACGCCGCGUGUGCUGUUGCGGCGCGGGGGACGUGCUGAGGAGGAAUGUGAGUCUUCGUCAGAGGAGGAAGAACAACCGUCAACCAGUAUCUCUACGCCUAAUACGAGCUACAAAAACCGCGUGGACUUCUGCGUGAACCCUGCACUGAUGCGCGCGCGCCGCGAAGCGACCCAGCAAACUAGGAAGGAGAAUCGCGCACCGCCGCCACCUAGGAAAAAGGAUGUGGUAGGCAAACCCAAAGGUCAAGGUCAAGAAAAAGAGGUAUUACAAAACAGAAAUCGAAAAGAGCAGAACAAGUCGUCACGAGCCAACCACAACAGGCGGCAGGGCGCGCAAUGGAAACGCAGUCAGGGGAUGAUGCCCUCCUAGUAUUAUCACUUCCUUGAGCCUGUUUAUUAACCUGUUGACGCACAUUACUUAAAGGGUGGUAAUAAAACCUCAGAAAACAAAACUAAAAGUAAUCUUAUUCAAAUUGUUAAUAUCACUGCUUUAUUUAUUAUAUUAAGAGUCGAUACAACCUCAAAUGGUUUUGGUUGAUUCCGCAAACCAGCGAAAGUGUGGAAUUACCCACUUUGGAAAAAAUAUGUAG